AACCUCACUUUCAAGUCGAUAAAAAGAUGGAAACAGUCGGAGCUUAGUUCGCAAAUUGUUUUAUAAAUGAUUUCCACAAAAGAAUCUGAAUUUUCUAUCAGAAAUUCAAAGUUUGCCCAAGAACUUUACAAGGAGGCUAUUUCAAUCAGAAACGGAAAUGUUAUCAUUUCACCGAUUUCCGUCGGGACCUGCCUCACGUUGGCAGCCUUUGGAGCAGCAGGUCCAACCGCGGAUGAAAUAUUUUCGACACUAAACUUGGAAGAUCCCAACUUUAAACAAAUCAUCCUGAAAAUUUUCAGCAACUUUCUUCAAAAAUUUAGCACAGAUCGAUCGCUUAAAAUUGCCAACAAAGUUUACAUUGCGAAUAAAUUCACUGUAAAAUCAAGCUUCCAGGAAGUCGCCGAAAAGAGCUUUUUCUCCAAAGUGGAAUCAAUAAACUUUCAGGAAAGUGAAAAAAUCGCUCGAAAAAUCAACAACUGGAUCGAGAGGAAAACAAACAACAAAAUCAAAAAUAUUGUUUCACCACUUUCACUACACCCAACCAGUCAAAUCGUUCUAAUCAGUGCAAUUCACUUCAAAGGCACGUGGAAGCACCAGUUUAGACCACGCAAAACAACUCCCGAACCAUUUUGGAUUCGUCCAACCGAAUCGGUGCGGAUUCCAAUGAUGAAAAUCAAGAAACACUUCCGGUAUGUCAUGCUUGAAGAGCUCGACUCAGCAGCACUCAAACUAAGCUACAAAGACAGUGAUUUAAGUAUGUUGAUUCUGCUGCCUAAUAGAAGGGAUGGUUUAAGUGAGUUGGAAGAAAAAUUGCUAAAUACUAACAUUCCCAACCUACUGUCCAGGAUGCGAAAACGGGAAGUGGAGGUGCUUUUACCAGCCUUUAAAAUCGAAAUUGAUUUUGAUCUCACAGAAACACUUGAAAAGCUAGGAUGCGGAACAAUGUUUACAGAUCGUGCUGAUUUUAGUAACGUGAUAGUUGAAAAAUCUGAGCCCAUUAAAGUUUCAAGAAUUGUUCACAAAGUUUACAUCGAGGUUAAAGAAAAGGGAACCGAAGCGGCUGCGUCUACGGUUUACCGUUUCAGAUCAGUAGGAAUUGAGAACAUUAAAGCUCCACCUCCAAAAUUCAUCGCGGAUCAUCCGUUUUAUUUUGCUUUGCUGGAUAAACAUUUAAAUUUGGUGGUGUUUAACGGACGACUUGUUAAUCCCCGACAAUGAAAACUAAAUCUGCAAAGUUUCAAUAAAAUUUGGUUGAAAAAA